AGUUACUAAAGAGCUGGCGUUUUACUGAAAGACUAAGAUCAAGGCUGUUGAAGAUUUAUCAUCACAGAAUUUUGACAGGUGCAUCUGAGGACUCGGACAACCAUCAUGUUGACCACUGGAGCUCUUAUUCUCAUUGUCACCUUUGACAUUGCUCUAGGAAAGGAUGUGCCUGAGAAAGGGCCAUAUUCAUUGGAUAUGGCACUGCAUUCAGUUGAUGACCAAUAUUAUGUUUGUACAGAAAAUAUGAAAGAAAAGGUGCAGACAUGUUACCUAGAACAAGAAAUCAUUGAAGACAAAUCAGGCUUUGGCGAAGCUUGGAGAGACGCUGAAAACUCCUCGGUACCCCAAGAUGACUUGACAAAGAACCAUUUAAUUGCCAUUCGGGUGUACACUGGUAAAAAAGUAUAUAGUGAAUUCAAUAAUGCCAUUAGGAAUGGUAAACAAUCAUACCGACAACUGGCAUUCGGAUGGUACUCGCUUUACUUUUUGUUGACAGAAGCGCUACGGAUUCUAAAGAGAACACAAAAGGAAUGCAUAAAAACAUAUCGUGGCACACGUGUUAGUUUCACACAAAGUGAUGUUUUCAAAAAAGAGAUUCGUUUUGGCUCAUUUGCGUCCUCCUCUUUAGAUCAAAAUGAUGCAAAGAAUUUUGGAAUACUUUCUUGUUUUGAAAUCUAUACUUGUCUUGGUGCUGAUGUGACUAAAUACUCUGAACAUCCUCGUGAGAAAGAGGUUCUGAUUCCCCCGUAUGAGAAGUUUAUCGUUACUGCUAUCAGGAAAGGUCAGAAUGAUGACUGGUGUGAGACUGUGUACACGUUGAAAAGCUCUGGAAUACAAAGUAACUUAAACUGUGCGGUGGCAAAUCACUGUUGUCCUUCUCUUUCUCGCAAUGAUAUCAGAAGAGGGCAAAUUACACCCCCCCGAGCAUUUUUAUCUCACCCACACAACAGUUAUUUAAUGAGAAGUAAACAUGGCAAUGAAAAAGGGAGUGGUGUCCAAAAGUUGCGUGUUCAACAGGGUAAAAACAGCAAAAUAUUUCACCAGUAUCGUCCAAAAAGCAGAAUGUAUGAUUUCAUAAAGAAAUAAUUGUCAUUUUUAUAAAAACACAAUCUGCUUUACGCCUUUGUUUUAUACACACACACAUUAUUUUUAAGUGAUAGAUGUGUUAGCGAUCCACUUGAGAUGAUUUUAUACUUGUAACUAUGACUCAGAAAAGAUAUGAAAUGAGAGUUGAUUUGAUGUUGCCAAAUGUUUCCCUCAUUUGAAUAUACGUUUUUUCAGAACCCCAAUGCAUUUUAUGGUCUCAUCCCGGAUAGCACAUAUAAAGAAAACUAGUAAUAUGCACAAGGGUAGAGAUAAAGAAAACUGUGUAUCUCAGUUAAACCCUUGAGGUGUGCUCAUUAAAAUGUACAGUCCUUCACUCGAAUUGAAAAAUCCUGACAAGGCCCUUGAGUCAUAAAGUUAUCAUUUCUUUACAUGUAAAUGUUUUGCUUUCAUUAUUCCAGCUCUUGAUAUUUGAUUAAUGUAGAUAUUUUUGUGUAACCUACUUUUUUGGUUAAAUCAAAAAAUAUAGCAAAAAAAUCUGUGUUUAAAACUGUCUCUCCUUAUCUUGUAUGAAUUUUUUUGUCUGCAGAACACAAUAGAAGAUAUUUUUAAGAAUUUUGGUAA